GUGCCGAGCUGGGCAGAUGAACAGGCCACUGCCCCGGUCCUGGAGGCGGAAGUGGAUUGGCGGGCUCAGCCCUGCCCCGGGGGCGGGGGCGGGGAAGGACAGGCCAUCCCUCUGAGUGGAGCCUGGCCACUGCCCUGGGCACCGGCAGGAGAGGCGGGUCCAGGCAGGAUUGUUGGUGGGGAGUCUGUGCUGAGUGCCGUCGCCGAGGCACUCGGGAGAUGUCUGGGCAGCGGCUGAAGGGGCCGGGCCAUCCACACCGGACGGUGCUGGCCGGGAAGAGGAUGGACCCUUGCCUGUCCCGGAGGACCUGGCCGGGAGGAGCAGAGCCGGGAGAGGCUGCAGGAUGGCAGGCAGGUGUACAGAAAGCCCUCGGCGAGGGUGCUGGACGACCUAGCCGGUCCCCACGGCCCCUGCCCCCGGCAGCCCGGGGCCCUCCUGACCUGGCCACACCGGGCGCUAUGGACUCCCCCGUCUACAACUGCUUUGUGGACAGGGACAAGAUGGACGCCGCCAUCCAGGACCUGGGGCCCAAGGAGCUGAGCUGCACGGAGCUGCAGGAGCUGAAGCAGCUGGCACGCCAGGGCUACUGGGCCCAGAGCCACGCCCUGCGGGGCAAGGUGUACCAGCGCCUGAUUCGGGACAUCCCGUGCCGCACGGUCACGCCCGACGCCAGCGUCUACAGCGACAUCGUGGGCAAGAUCGUGGGCAAGCACAGCGACAGCAGCCUGCCCCUGCCCGAGUUCGUGGACAACACGCAGGUGCCCAGCUACUGCCUGAACGCGCGGGGCGAGGGCGCCGUGCGCAAGAUCCUGCUGUGCAUCGCCAACCAGUUCCCCGACAUCUCCUUCUGCCCCGCGCUGCCCGCCGUGGUGGCGCUGCUGCUGCACUACAGCCUCGACGAGGCCGAGUGCUUCGAGAAGGCCUGCCGCCUGCUGGCCUGCAACGACCCCGGCCGCAGGCUCCUCGACCAGAGCUUCCUGGCCUUCGAGUCCUCCUGCAUGACCUUCGGGGACCUGGUGAACAAGUACUGCCAGGCGGCGCACAGGCUCAUGGUGGCCGUGGCCGAGGACGUGCUGCAGGUGUACGCCGACUGGCAGCGCUGGCUGUUCGGGGAGCUGCCCCUGAGCCACUUCGCCCGCGUCUUCGACGUCUUCCUGGUGGAAGGCUACAAGGUGCUGUACCGCGUGGCCCUGGCCAUCCUCAAGUUCUUCCACAAGGCGCGGGCCGGGCAGCCGCUGGCGUCGGACAGCGUGAAGCAAGACAUCCGGGCCUUCGUCAGGGACAUCGCCCAGACCGUGUCCCCCGAGAAGCUGCUGGAGAAGGCCUUCGCCAUCCGCCUCUUCUCCCGCAGGGAGAUCCAGCUGCUGCAGCUGGCCAACGAGACGGCGCUCAAGCAGAAGGGCAUCACCGUCAGGCAGAAGAGUGUCUCGCUUUCUAGAAGGCAGUUUGUGCACCUGGCCGUGCACGCACAGAACUUCCGCUCGGAGAUCGUCAGCGUGAAGGAGAUGCGAGACAUCUGGUCCUGGGUGCCCGAGCGCUUCGCCCUGUGCCAGCCCCUGCUGCUCUUCUCCUCACUGCAGCACGGGUACAGCCUGACCAGGUUCUACCUGCAGUGUGACGGACACGAGCCCACCCUGCUGCUCAUCAAGACCACACAGAAGGAGGUGUGCGGAGCGUACCUGUCCACAGACUGGAGCGAGAGAAAUAAGUUUGGAGGCAAGCUGGGCUUCUUCGGGACCGGAGAGUGCUUCGUGUUCCGGCUGCAGCCCGAGGUGCAGCGCUACGAGUGGGUGGUCAUCAAGCACCCAGAGCUGACCAAGCCGGCGCCCCCGGAGGCUGGCCCCACCCCCUCCCAACUCGCCCACGGCGCCCCCUCGGACCCGGCGGACCGGCUCUCGCCCUUCCUGGCCACCCGGCACUUCAACCUGCCCUCCAAGACCGAGUCCAUGUUCAUGGCCGGGGGCAGCGACUGCCUCAUCGUUGGGGGCGGGGGCGGCCAGGCCCUCUACAUCGACGGAGACCUGAACCGGGGCCGCACGGGCCACUGCGACACCUUCAACAACCAGCCCCUCUGCUCCGAGAACUUCCUGGUCGCUGCUGUGGAAGCCUGGGGCUUCCAGGACCCCGACAUCCAGUGAGGGGCCUGCUCUACAGAGCCAGAAGCUCUCGGGGACCUUGCUGCGCACCCACACCUGCAGAGGUGUCCCGCGGAGUGGCCCUGGGCUCCAUGUCCGUGCCCCUGCCCACAGAAGCCUGCACCCUCCGCCUCACCUGUGAGCUGUGCCCCGUGCUGUCCUGCAGUGCCCUGUGGUUUCUGUGGGGGGGCCAGGCCUCCUUUGUCACUGCAGGGACCCUGGCCCAGGGUCACGCUCGGACCCUUCAGUGUGGCCCUACCGCCGCCUCCAUCAGCCCCAGGCCCUGCCCCUCUGGCCCCGUCCGCCUGGGUCUAAAGCAGUCUCACCAGGGCAGACUGCCCAGCGCUGCAGGGAGCACCCUGCCUGAGGACCCCCAGCUUUCCUCAGCUGGUCCUGAGGGGCUGGGUACCGUGGCUGGGGGGUGGGUUCCACCCACGCCAUGUGUGCACACCCCCCCGUCAACUCACCUCUGUAUUGGGCCUCCGGAGAGGGGGUCCUGCCCGCCGCCCCUUCCUCUGAGCCCCCACAGCCACAGCCCUCACCUAGGCCGCCCCCUUUGGUGUGCAUUGACUGUGGAUGUCUGAGUCUGAACCAGGCGGUGCCCCUGCCAGCCCUCGGCCGCGUCACCGCUGGAGCACUGAAGUCUAGAACGUGGGGUACGGGAGCCGACGGGUGCUGCCUGCCGACCCGCUGAGACCCGGAGCUGGGCGCCGCUGCCCCGGCCUCGCCCAGGCCCCUGGAGUCCAGCCCUGGUCUACGGGAGCCGACGGGUGCUGCCUGCCGACCCGCUGAGACCCGGAGCUGGGCGCCGCUGCCCCGGCCUCACCCAGGCCCCUGGAGUCCAGCCCUGGUCUACGGGAGCCGACGGGUGCUGCCUGCCGACCCGCUGAGACCCGGAGCUGGGCGCCGCUGCCCCGGCCUCGCCCAGGCCCCUGGAGUCCAGCCCUGGAGAAGCAGUCACCACUUAGUGGUGAUUUCUACAUCCUGUGUGAAGUUCUUUGUGUACCUGUGAAGUGUUAGCUGUCUUUAUUAUCUUUUUCUUUUCUGUCAACCUGAAAGGUAUGUGUAGUGAUUAUCCUUUUUAAAGAAGGCAUUUUUUAUCUGAAAGGCAGAGCGACAGAGUGGAGAGGUGAUCCACCCACGGGUCCACUCCCCAGCGGCCCUGGCAGCCCCUGUUUCCCGUGAGGGUGGCAGGGACCCUGCUGCCUGCCAGGGUGCGCACCAGCGGGGAGCUGAGAGGCGGAGGUGGGGUGAGGGCGGCCCGGCCGCUGCGCCCAGCACCGUCCCCACCUAGAUUUUGUGUUCUCACCGUCGUCCUCGAUAUCUGAUGCGCGGCGUUCCCAACAGGCAGAACUCUAGUGGCCUGGUCCCUGCUCCGCCUCUGGUCCAGCCUCCUGCUAACGCCUGCAGAGGCAAUGCUGACGGCCUGAGGCCUGGGCCCCUGCACCCACCUCGGAGACCCGAAUGUCCGGCCCCGGCCCCUGGCUCCUGUGCUGUGUGGCCCCUUGGCACGUGGAAGGAAGACGUCUCCCUCUGCCUUUCAAAUAAAUGAAUCUUUUUUAAAAACAAGAAAUUAGUCAGUUAGGAGAAAUCGCGCGAGUUACUGAGUUUAUUUUAGAAAGAUUAAAUGUUUAUUUUUUUAAAUUGAGCCUAAUUUAAGCCAGUUUAUUAAAUUAAGUGGACUCAUGAACGUAGAAUUCAUGCCUGUAGGCCUUCGGGAAGUCAGGUUUUAACUGGGAGAGAGUCCUUUUCAUUGUGAAGCCGAGUUCCGGCUGCAGCUGUUCCCAGUUCUGCUGUUCCUGUGACUCCAUGUUUGGUUCUGCCAGGCUCCGGGGCACCUGGAGACGAGGCCGCUCCACGCUCGCCCGGCUCUGCCAGCCUGGAGCCUCUGUCAUCGCCUUGGGAAGGAGGACGCGCAGGCCGGCCCUGGCGCCACGACCCCUGCGCCGCCGGCAGUCCGUGAGGCACUGCUUGCCCACUCCCUGCUAUGGCCUGGGAAGGCGGCAGAGGAUGGCCCGAGUGCUUGGCCCCGGCACCCCCGUGGGAGACCAGGAAGAAGCUCCUGGCUGCUGGGACAGCCUGGCCCAGCCUGGCCAGUGUGGCCAUCUGGGGACUGAACCAGUGGAUGAAAGCCCUCGCUCGCUCGCUCUUUCUCUCUGUCUCUAACUCUGCCUUUCAAUUAAAUAAAAAAUAACUCUUGGGGCCGCACUGUGGUGUAGCGGGUAAAGCCGCUGCCUGCAGUGCUGGCAUCCCAUACGGGCGCCGGUUCAGGUCCCAGCUACCCUACUUCUGAUCCAGCUCUCUGCUGUGGCCUGGAAAAGCAGUGGAGGAUGGCCCACAUCCUUGGGCUCCUGCACCCAUGUGGGAGACCUGGAGGAAGUUCCUGGCUCCUGGCUUCGGAUCGGCCUAGCUCCGGCCGUGGUGGCCAUCUGGGGAGUGAACCAGCAGAUGGAGGACCUCUUUGUCUCUGCCUCUCUCUAACUCUGCCUUUCAAAUAAAUAAAUUAAAAAAAAAAUUGGUUCACUUUAAAAAAUAAAUAUUUUUUAAAAUCUUUUUAAAAAUUGUAAGAAAAAAGGCAUUCGGAACUUUAAAGAAUUAACUUUUGCAUUUGAAAGACACAGAGCUUCUGUCUGCUGGUUCGCUCCCCUGAGGCCUCUGUGUGCCUCACGUGGGUGCGGGGGCCAGGCCGUGCGUUGGUGGGAAGCCGGGUCAGAAGUGGAGCAGCCAGCACUUGAGCCGGAGCUGUGCUUUGGGACACUGACGCCAGCGUCACCAGCAGUGGCAUGGCCUGCGGCACCGCCGUGCCAGUCCCUCGUUUGGGCUCUUAGUGUUUCUCUUCUGUGGCUUGAAUGUCCUGUUUGCACGGAGAAGUUGGCACAAGAAGCAGGGGUCCAAGCAGGCCACACAAGUAGUUCCCGCCAAUAUCCUGGCAGCAAAAAAAGCAUGUGAGUUUAAAAAAAAAAAAAAUUCUGCUUUUUAAUUUGAAUGACAAACAGGUUCCCAUCUGCUGGUUCACUGCCCAAAGCCCACAGUAGCAGGGCAGCAGCCAGGGUCUCGGUCCACGGCGCCCACGUGCCUGAGCCGGCACCCGCUGCCUCCCAGCCUCCCAGCAGGAGCUGAACCAGGAGCGGAGCUGGGGGCGGUGAUGUCUGACAGCAGGUGAAGCCGCCGCCUGCCGCCAUCCCGGCUGCUCCACUUCCAGCCUAGCCACCUGCUGAUGCGCCUGGGAAGGCAGCAGAGGAGGCCCAAGUGCUUGGCCCCGGCACGCACACGGGAGACCUGGGUGGAGUCCCAGGUUCCUGGCUUUGGCCUGGCCCCGUCUUGGUCGUUGUGGCCAUCUGGGGAGUGAACCAGCGGAUGGAAGGUCCUUCUCUGUCUCUCCCUCUCUCUGCGACUCUGCCUUUCCAAUAAAUCAAAAUAAAUCUCAAAGAACGGUGUGUGGAGCUGUGACCCUGGGCUUCUAGAACUUACUGUGCCGGUAAGCAGCCCCGAAACGGGGGUUUUUAAAUGUAUUAAACAAUUGAUUUAUGUAUCUGAAAGGCAGAAUAACAGAAAUCUCCCAUCCACUGGUUUACUCCCCAAAUGGCUGCCCCAGCCAGGGCCAGCCCAGGCCAAGGCCAGGAGCCAGGAAUUCUACCUGGCUCUCCCACCUGGGCGGCAGGAACUCCCAGGCACGUCACAGGGCCGGGCUGGAACCAGCACUCCCACGCAGGGUGUGGCCGUCCUGGGCGGCAGCGCCAGCCCCGAGCUUUGUGAAAUCAUCCGGCCUGGAGGUUUUUGUGGUCUUCGUUGUGUCGAUGUCAAUCGUGCUAAGGACGCGGUGGCUCCCUCGUGUGCACCACAGCAGGACCGGCCGGGCAAAGCCAGCGCACGCUUGCCGUGUGGACACUUCAGCCGGCAUGCUGUCCGGCCCGCGGGCCCACGCCCCGGCGCGGGGCCCAGGGCUGGCCUCAGCGUGUGCAAGCUGCGCCGUCCAUGCAGGCCGUCCCCGCCUCCCCCUCCGUGUCCUGCUGACGCGCGCUGCCCACAGACGGCUGUGCAGCUCGGCUGCCUGGGACGCCACGUCCCGUGUCUGCGUGCCCGGGUCCUGGGCCCGGCUUGGCUCUGACUCCAGUUUCCUGGUGCAAGGCCACAAGUGUGGCUCGAGACCUUGGGUCCCUGCCACCUGCUCAGGAGACCCAGAUGGAGUUCGAGGCUCCCGGCUGCAGCCCGGUGUGUCCCAGCUCUGGCUGUUGCAGGUGUUUGGGAACUGAACCAACAGAGGGAGCACCUCUCUCUCUCUGUCUUUCAAAUAAAAUGAAGGAAAAAAAUGUUACAGAUUCCAGGAGAAAGCCUGUGAGUGCUUCCCCCGUAGCUGGCUGUGAGCCAUGGUCUGUGUGGGCCUCGGGCGCGUGAAUGAAUGUAUUAAAAAUGCGCUGACACUUUGUGAGCAGCUGUGAAAAACUGACGUAGUGACCUGUUUGCCCGGUGUCAGUGUGAGUCCUAAAUAAAGCACAAAGCACGCCGCCGUCU